AUGUGUCACGAAAGCAUUCCUAAUGAAAAGCCUGAGGCGUCUUUCGCUCAGCCAGAUGCUGAUAUAGGGGCCGUGGUUCCCGUAAUUGCUGCAUGCUUCACUCCGGGACCACUUCUUCUUGGAGCAGCGGUUCAUUUGUUGUUAAAGAGACUGAAGAAGAGAUCAGCAACAUUGGAAGAGAUAAAAGAAGCAACGGGUGGAGCUCGUGAGGCUGAGGAGGUCCCAUCGUCGAUGUCGUUGCUGCAGCAGCCCAACGGAGAAUCCAGCAAGGGCACAUGA